UUCAGUCAGUGUGAGGUAGUGCUCGAUUAAUUGGGUUGUAGCAACAGCAUCAGCACCGGGAACUAAUACUAAAACGCAUUGCCUUAAAGUUAUUGUUUAACGGUAUAUGUUAAUUGGUGGUGGAAGUAAAGCAGUGUUUUCCGCCACUUAAAAAUUCGUAGCUCGUCUGCAUUUUAUCCGAUUUCCAAUCUUGAAACAGUUUUGUUGAGAAAUAUCAAUCAGUAAUCAAACUUGAAGAGAAGCACUUAGUAACAAUGUCUAACAAUUUAUCCACAUCGGUAAUGAACCCAAACAAUACAGGCAUAGGGACAAAGAAAUCGAUACUUAAGUCAACUCAGAGUAAUAGCAUUGAGGAGCUAUUGAGUGUUGAUAGCAGCUUCAGUGUUCUCGAUGUCUUCGGUGGGAGUACAACAUGCAAAAACAACACCCCACAUAAACCAAGUAAGAAUAAGGUAUCAACGGAAGCAUUAGCGGUAGUCCCAACAACUGCAGCCACAAAAGCUAUAGUUAUCGAAGGCACAGAACAGCAGGUCCAGAUCCAACAUCAUAAAAGCAAUGAAACCCUUGAAGAUAAACAUGAGGCGGCGACGGACAAUAGCAAAAGGAAAUUGAAAAGCAAGAAAAAUAAAAAAGGUGAAACCGUUCAGCAGAAUUUAUUAGUGAAAUCGAGUUUUAGCAAAUUUGAUGUUCUGCAGAAACGCAACUUAAUUCAUGUACGUUCAAGUGGCGCUGAUAAUGCACAAGGAAAAUUCCGAAAUCCACAAGGUGAUAAGGAAAUCAUCUGUCGCCUGUGCACUAAAUCAGUGUAUAAAAUGGAAGAGAUGAGGGCUGAAAAGAGCAUUUAUCACAAAAAUUGCUUCCGCUGCCAAGAAUGUAAUAAACAAUUGAAGGUGGACAACUAUCGAAGUCAUGAGGGCAUUCUGUACUGUAUUGUGCAUUUCAAGCUGUUAUUCAAUCCGAUAUGUGUAGAAGAUUCUAUUCCAGAGAUGCCACGUAAACCGGAAUUGAUUGUCAGGGAAAAUCAGCCGAUUGAGUUGCCCCCCGAUGUUGUAAGAGCUUCUGACAAGCCCGACCUCGGUUUAAAGGAAUUACAACACCUCAAUGUACGCUCUAGAUUUAAAGUUUUUGAAAAUACAGCACAUCAAGAGAUAGGUAAUGACGAACCGCAAAGAAGUUUUAUUAAGAACAGCAAUUCGAUUUUAUCGAAAAUCGCAAAACUGAGAGCACAAGGAGUUAAUUCUGAUUUAAGCAUAAAAGCGAUGAGUGAACGAUAUGGUGUGAGCGAUUACUCUUCGUGUAGCGACAAUGGUGGUAGCGAUGCGGAAGUCGAUAAAAAUAGUACCGAAAAUUAUGAAGCGGAUUUUGUCGGCUCAAAAAAACGUGCGUUGGGCUUGGGCCCAGCCAUGCACGAUAUAAAAACGAAAUUUGAGAAGGGUCACUUAAUAUCUAAAGAGGAACGGCGGGAGGAACGUAAACAAGAAAUACAAAAUAUACGAUCGCGUUUAUUUAUGGGGAAACAAGCACGCUUCAAAGAGAUGUAUCAACAAGCUGUUGCCCAAUCGGAGCAAGGUGAGUGGAGUCUUCAAUUCUAUCUUAAAAACGGGGUUCUAUAUUGAUCAUAUCGAAAUAUG